AUGGCAGCUACGAGAGCUUCCGCUGUAGCAUUGCUGUUGUUCUCAUUGUCACUGGCAAUGGUCGCCACUGAGAGCCGGCCUGCCCGGAAAGACCUCGGCCUCGCCCUGGGUGGCGGCCUGGGCCUCGGUCUCGACCUCGGGCUAGGUGGUGGAGGCUCGGCCUCCGGCUCAGGCUCGGGUUCCGCCUCCGCCUCCGGGUCUGGCUCUGCUUCGGGUUCGGGUUCUGGUUCCUACGCCGGGUCGUACGCGGGCUCGUACGCUGGUUCGGGCGGUUCAGGCGCAGGCUCUUCGGCUGGUUCUGGUGCGGGGUCCGGUGCCGGCCAAGGAGGCGGGCGUGGCGGGGGCUCGGCGUCUGGCUACGGCGAGGGCCAUGGCUACGGUGAGGGCCAUGGAAACGGGUCCGGGUCGGGUUAUGGCGAAGGCUAUGGAUAUGGAUCCGGAUCCGGUGAUGGGCGUCACUGA